AUGGCUCAAACAUACCUCGUGACCGGCGCCGCCCGUGGCAUUGGAUUCGGUCUAGUCGAGGCUUUGGUACAAAGGCCCGGCGUCACUGUCGUUGCGGCCAUCAGAGACAUCACCAAAAGGGAAGGAGUGGAAAGCCUCAACGCAAAAGCCGCCGAAGGAUCAAAGGUUGUCGCCGUGCAAAUCCGUGCUGGAGACCCGGACGAUGCCCAGGCUCUUCCUGCCACCUUGCUGGAGAAUGGCAUUGAGCAUUUGGAUGUCGUCAUAGCCAAUGCCGGCAUCUCCAACUACUAUGGGACGGCUGCAACAACCCCACUUGAACAGUUCCGCGACCACUUCGAGAUCAACACCAUCGGCUUGGUCGCGCUAUUCCAGCCUGUGCUGCCGUUCCUCGAGAAAUCCAAGCAUCCGGUCCUGGUCUACGUUUCCACUGCAGUUGCCUCGAUGGGACGGCCAUUUCCUCUGCUGUCAUCGGCCUACGGUGCUUCCAAGGCGGCUGGUAAUUUCAUCAUCACCAAGAUCAGCCAGGAGAACCCGAAACUGAUUGCCUUUGCAAUCUCCCCAGGAUGGGUUCAAACCGACAUGGGGAACAUGGGGGCCAAGUCGGCUGGGUUGGAAGCCGCUCCAGAGACGUUGGAAGCCAGCGUGUCGGGCAUUCUGAAUCGUGUUGACAAUGCCACCCUCGAGAAGGACGGCGGAAAGUUCAAGGAUUACAAGGAGGACGAUAUUCCGUGGUAG